AUGCGUUGGGUGUCUACUUUGCUUGCCAUGGCCGCGACAGGCGCAUUGCAAGUAAAUGCCAUGGAUGCUACCAUAUUGACAUUUCCCUCUACUCCAGCGGGUGCAUUAAAUGCCGUACCAAAACAACAACAACUCCCCGAAGAUGAAGCUCGGCUUGUCCUGGAGCUUCGCAUGCAGUCAUCCGUGGCGUCGAUCCUCGGAGCGGUUGAUGCAGACACCGUGGAUCAUUUGAAUCAGUUCGCUGAAACUGAGUCUGUCCUUUUUGGUGGACACAGUGGCACUCAGGCCUCCGGGAAGAGUAUCUUGAUCCUAGAGGGGUUAGAUCGGCAGACCACUCUAAAUGUGCAGUCCAGCCAGCCAAGCCAUAUAUUUGUACCCCGAGUCUCCUCCGGGUUCAUCGACGCAGAUCUUUUGGGAUCAUUCGGUGGAGCUGGGGACCAUGGAAAGUAUUGUGCCCACAAUGACGGCACUGGGGUUGUAUCGAGCAAGGCGCAGACUGCGCAAGAAUGUCUAUCUCAGGACCCCAUGCUCGCUGGCCAAUCUGGCCUCUUCGACCGUGGUUCCCUUGCCGCCAUCAACUCCGUGGAGGAUUGGACCAGCCAUGAUGGUAAAGACUCUAUGUUGAAGCUGUCCUUUAAGAAUCUGGGCGACUCCAUUGCUGGACCUAAGUUGCUCCAGUCUUUGAUCGCUCACUUGGCCGAGUCAUCGUCAGUCAGCAAACGUGAAAUCACGGCUGUGAUUCUGCCAUCCGGUUACCAAUCCACACCACUUCGCCGCCGAGGUGCGGAGACCCAGUGGUCAUCAGCUGGCAACCACAACCCUGCCAAACAAUCUGCCCAAGACUCUCCGCUUCUGUCAACACUGGCGCCUGUUUGUCAUGCCUCUAACUCCUCAUGUGCUGAAGCUACCAGAAAUUGUUCCGGUCAUGGUUCUUGCUAUCUCAAAUUUGGAUCGGGGGUGGAGGGAACCACGGGCAAUUGCUAUGCAUGCAAGUGCCAACAGAGCAUUGUCAAAAACAACGAUGGAACCACAAAAACUGUCCAAUGGGGUGGCUCUGCUUGCCAAAAGAAGGACAUUAGCUCGCCCUUUUUCCUUAUUGCAGGCGUCAGCUUUUUGGCCAUCCUCUUGGUUGGAAGCUCCAUUGGCAUGCUUUUCAGCAUGGGCUCAGAAAAGUUGCCCAAUUCGCUCAGUGCCGGUGUGAGCAACCCCAGAAGCCAGAUGUGA